CCCGUGACUCUCUCCCCAGUGGAUGUGACUCUGGACCCAGGGACGGCUCAAUCCGAACUCAUCCUGUCUGAGGAUCGGAAAUGUGUGAGACACGGAGACACCCGACAGGAUCUGCCCAACACCCCGGAGAGAUUUGAUACUUGUGUCUCUGUCCUGGGCUCGGAGGGGAUCACGGGCGGGAGGCGCUACUGGGAGGUGGAGGUGGGAGACAAGACGGGCUGGACUCUGGGGGUGUGCAGGGAGUCUGUGCGCAGGAAGGGGUGGGUCACAUGGUCACCUGGCAAUGGAUACUGGGUCGUGUGUCUGCGGGAUGGGGGAUACGAGGCCUGGACCUCCCCUGUGACUCCCCUCCCCGUGCGCGUGCAGCCCAGGCGGGUGGGGGUUUUCCUGGACUACAAGGCGGGUGAGGUCUCAUUUUACAACAUGACUGACAGGUCCCAUCUCUUCACUUUCACUGACACCUUCUCCGGGAAACUGUGCCCUUUCUUCAGUCCUGGUUUCAAUCCUGGGGGCACCAACGCUGCUCCCCUGACCCUGUGCCCGGUCCCAGCCCAGUCCUGAGGGAAUCCCUGUCCCUGCCAUGCCCUGCAGCACAGACUGUCCUUUCCUCGCACCCCGACUGCCAGGCCCCUGGUGCCCCCGGGGUGGGUGCAGGGCUGGGGUCUCCAUCACCGGAGUUGCUCCAGCCUCCACUCUGCCCAAUCCCCCCACGCACAGCACCCACUGGGAGGGACCGGCUCCAAACUCUCAUCCUUCACCUACAGGUCCCUGCAGUCCCCCAGGGGUUUUACUUGGUUACAUGGUUCGCCUCUCUCAGCACUGCCCCCUUUCCCCUCCCCUCCCUCCAUUCCCUUUUAUAUAUUUAAAAUAAAUACCUCUGUGUUGCA